UGUGAGACUAAGAAAUUCUUCGAAUUUAAUGUUAGGACAUAACUCCAACCAGAGCCUAGCUUUUCUGGUUGUUCCCGCCUUCCAUGCCUAAACGAACCAAUCAGAUCGCCCAGAGUGGCGCCACUUGGAGACCACCGCGAAUGAAGUUUGCAUUUUUCUCUGUUCUCGCGCCCAGCUUCUUCUCGCCUCCCACCUCAGCUUCCCGGCAUUGGAAGAAGGGACCGUCCUCUUCCUCGUCCUGGCCACCCAAAUCCUGGUAUCGAAAGGGUUGAACGGCGGGGACCGGAAGUGUGCAGCAGCGGCGGGUCCCCAGCUAAUCGACGCCGGAAGUAGCCAUUGCUAGAGAAGCAUUCCGCCGCCGGCUUCGCUAUGGCGGCAAUUCCCCCAGAUUCCUGGCAGCCACCCAACGUUUACUUGGAGACCAGCAUGGGAAUCAUUGUGCUGGAGCUGUACUGGAAGCAUGCUCCAAAGACCUGUAAGAACUUUGCUGAGUUGGCUCGUCGAGGUUACUACAAUGGCACAAAAUUCCACAGAAUUAUCAAAGACUUCAUGAUCCAAGGAGGUGACCCAACAGGGACAGGUCGAGGUGGUGCAUCUAUCUAUGGCAAACAGUUUGAAGAUGAACUUCAUCCUGACUUGAAAUUCACGGGGGCUGGAAUUCUCGCAAUGGCCAAUGCGGGGCCAGACACCAAUGGCAGCCAGUUCUUUGUGACCCUCGCCCCCACCCAGUGGCUCGACGGCAAACACACCAUUUUUGGCCGAGUGUGCCAGGGCAUAGGAAUGGUGAAUCGCGUGGGAAUGGUAGAAACAAACUCCCAGGACCGCCCUGUGGAUGAUGUGAAGAUCAUUAAGGCAUACCCUUCUGGGUAGACUUGCUACCCUCUUGAGCAGCUCUUCUGAGAUGGCCCCAGUGGACCAGCUUCCAGAUGACAUAGAAUGACAUGUAAUGCUAAAUUUCAUUUUGGCUUUGCAAAUCAUGAAGCUUAGGAGGCCUGGGGUCUUGGGAGAGUUAGAGAUGGAAGUACAUUUUAAUAGGAUGCUUCUUUUCUCUUCCCCCAGGUUGCCAGAGCAUUUGCACAAAUGCCCCUGUUUAUCGAUAGGUGACUACUUACUACACAUGACUCAUAAUGCUGUGUCUUGUGCAUGUCUGCUCUGAUAUACUUCGAACAAUGUAGCAGACACUGUCUUUUCUCAGUGGUUUUGCCUAACCAAACUUCUUCCUAAGGAGAUUUGUAUUCUGGCCUACACUGCAGUCCUUGAUUGUUGACAGUCACAGAAAUCCAAACCAAGUAGUGUCUAUCAGCCCUUUUAACUCUGUGCACACCCUAUUUACCCUAUUUCAGUCUUACAUUUGUUCUUCUAGGGAAUGUAUGCAUCUCUAUAUAUAUUUUCCCUCUCAAAACCAGAACAUCAACACUGCUGUUUCUGACACUUCAGACAUCCCACGCAAAGCCACAUUGAAUUUUUGCCAAAUGAAAAAUGCAUCCAACAAUCAAGUUUCUAAGAAGGUGUCAAGUGGGGAAUAAUAAUGUAUAAUAAUCAAGAAAUUAAUUUAUUAAAAGGAAGCAGAAACAUUGACCAUCUUUUUCCCAGAGAAGAGGAGAAAUCUGUAGUAAGCAAAGGACAGACCAUGAAUCCUCCUUAAGAAGUAGUCCUCUCAGAAAGGAGAAGCGCCACUCAAGUUCUUUUAACCCAAGACUUUAGAGAAAUUAGUCCGAGAUUUUUAUAUGUUCAGUUGUUUAUGUACAAAAAUAACUUUCUGGAUUUUGUGGGGAGGAGGAGGAGAGGAAGGAAGUUAAUACCUAUGUAAUACAUAGAAACUUCCAAAAUAAAAUGCCAUUGAUGGUUGAAAUUGC